GACAAUCAAUCAUCAUCUUCAGCUGAAAUUUUAGAGAAAAAGGGAAGAAGAAACCCUUUUCUUCUCUGUCUGAAUUGAUAUAUAUUUCUUCAUUUAUACAUGUUCCUACCUGUAUUUGUAUAUAUAAGUACAUUCAUGUCGUCAUUCUUAUCUUAAACGCCAAUCAACAUUCGAAAUUCCUAUAGCCCAGAAUAGAAAUAAAAAGAUUAUUUUGAUUAAUUGGAAUUAAUGGAUGCAAAAGUAGCUUCUUUGAAUCAUGAUAAUGUCGCCGGAGGUGUAAUUGAAGGGAAGAAGGAGGUGAGAUCCCUCAAAUUUCCGUUGACGUUGUGGGAGGUGACGAUGGCUUGCGGCGUCUUAUUGGGAUUUGUUUUAGGGUUGAUGGGUAUCUACCUAACAAUGCCUGCAUCUGAUUACAGCUUCCUCAAGCUUCCCCGUUCUCUGCAAGACCUCCAAAUUCUCAAGGAUAACCUGGAGAGCUAUACAAGCGACUACACCAUACAGGUUCUUGUGGGCUACUGCCUGGUCUAUGUUUUUAUGCAGACUUUUAUGAUUCCAGGAACUGUUUUUAUGUCCUUGCUUGCUGGAUCCCUUUUUGGGGUCUUCAAAGGUGUAGCUCUUGUUGUAUUCACAGCUACUACUGGUGCAUCUUCGUGCUACUUCUUGUCCAAAUUAAUUGGUCGACCACUCGUCUUCUCCCUCUGGCCUGACAAAUUGACCUUUUUCCAAGCCCAGGUCGCUAAAAGAAGGAGCCGGCUGCUGAACUACAUGCUUUUCCUAAGAGUGACUCCAACUUUGCCAAAUACAUUUAUAAAUGUUGCUUCGCCAAUUGUAGAUGUUCCUUACCAUAUCUUCUUCUUGGCGACCUUUGUUGGGAUCAUCCCUGCUGCUUUCGUCACAGUCAGGGCUGGAAUAGCACUUGGCGACUUGCAAUCGGUGGGUGAUCUCUAUGACUUUCAAUCUAUAAUCACUCUGUUUCUAAUAGGCGUUGUCUCUGUUAUCCCUGCAUUGAUGAGCAACAAGGGUAAGCCAUGAGCUUAAAUACAUUGGAUUAACAAACCCAACCCCCGUCCCGUCUUUCAAUAAACUCUCUGGCACCGUCUGAUUCGAUAACGUAUUGUAACAAUCAAAGUUGCAAGAGAAGUUUAAGCUUCGGCUGCUACAGCUGGGAGACCUGUGGUGAGUGAUAUUAGAGAAUCAAUAUGAUUGUUGUCCUCUUUGAGGAUGUAUUGUUGAUGAUAUGUAACAUCACAUGGCCAGAGACCAUAUUCACGUUUUGUAUCAUUGAAAAAUGUAUCAACCAUUGCGCAGUCAUUUAACAUAUUUCAUGUUGCAGCAACACCGUUUCUAUUUGUAGUUAAUCCAUUAGACUCCUUUAGCCAA